GAGCAGUUCGCCCGCGCGCAUGAGCUACAGCUCGGGCACUUCCUUGUCUUCCGCUACGACGGCGACGCCAUGUUCACCGUGAAGAUGUUUGACAACACCAUGUGCCGCAUGUACUACCAGCACGACGACGAUGCCAGCAAUGGGAGCAGCAGCGGGGAUGACGAGGAGCAGAGCAGGGAUGACGAGGAGCAGAGCGAGGAUGACGAGGAGCAACCUAUUCUGGCUGACGACGACCCUGCUAUGGUGGUGGCGGAUGACGACCUUGCUAUGGUGGUGGCUGACGACGCCCCUGCUAUGGUGGUGGCGGACGACGACCCUACUAUGUUGGUGGCUGACGACGACCUCACGAUUGUGGUGCCUAAUGAUGACGUCGCAAUGGUGGUGCCUGACAAUGACCUCGUGAUGAUGGUGGUGCGUGCAAUCCCACAGCUUGGCGACAGGACCAUGCCAAUUGUGGUAGAGGAGUACAUCCGUGUUGGGAUUCGCCACUCUGAGCGCAUCAGGUUGAUGAAGGAGAAGAAGGAGUGAAGAUGUUAAGAAAUGAAGUGGCAAUGUUAAGCAUGUUAGGUUUAAGCUUGUUAGUAUAAUCUGAACAUGUCAAUGUUAAGUAUGUCAGGUUUAGUUUUGUGCAUGCUCAUGGAUGCUGUAUGACAGUGUCAUCUAAACAUGUCAAUUUCUUAAUUAUGAAUAUUCAGUUUGGUAA